AUGUAUUCGAGGGCGCUAGGAUUAACGGCCGGAUUACUGCUGCUGGUUGUGGCCGUUUGCUUCCCGGAAGGUGCUUUCGCGAACGUUCAGGCGGAGAUUAGAAUGCGCCGGAAUGCGCAGGAAUGUCCACGAUCCUGCGUACCGGUGACCGAUUGUCCGAUGUUUGCGCCACCAUUACCCGAAUGGACGCUAAAAACCAAGAUGCAAUUCAAAAAGCGAGUUUGCGAAAGGUUGGGAAACAAUCGGUAUACGGUGUGCUGCCCUAAGCAAGGACUGGAGCUGCUUGACCUGGAGAGCUGCGGGCCAAGCUCAAGCUACCGGAUUGCUAACGGGAAGAAAGCGAAGCUGUUCCAGUUUCCCUGGAUGGCGCUGUUGAAAAGUAAAAGUGGAGGCUUCUGCUGCAGUGGCACCUUGGUUAGUGAGCAAUAUGUGCUCACCGCGGCCCAUUGCAUCAAGGAUUGCGAGCCGACUAUGAUCCGGUUAGGCGAGUUCGAUUUGCGAAACACGACCGAUUGUGACUCGAAGGGUGAAGUGUGUGCUCCACCGCCACAGGACAUUCCUAUCGAGGAGGUUAUCAACCACCCGUACUACAGCAAUCGCCGGAAGGAGAACGAUAUCGGGUUGAUCCGGUUGUCCCGUAAGGCAACCAAAAACGACAACGUGGCGACAAUAUGCCUACCAGUGUCCCCAAUGAUGCGCACCACACAAUCGAAGUACGUCGUGGCUGGGUGGGGCAAGACCGAGUCAAUGGAGUCCUCCGACAUGCUGCUGUACUCCACGUUUAGCUUGACGCCGAAGGACGAAUGCCAAACGGCGCUGCGAGUGGAAGACGCCUACAUCAAGAUCAACGACAAUCAGUUAUGCGCCAUGGGUGACAACAGGUCCGACAACUGUCUCGGCGAUUCGGGUGGACCGCUGAAAACGUUCGGCAUUUCCGCGCGCAUGGUGCAGUACGGCGUGGUAUCGUACGGGUUGAAAACUUGCGGCAAACAGAUCGCACCGGGAGUGUACGCUAGGGUGGAGAGCUACAUCGACUGGAUACUGGGUGAGAUGACGGAAUGAACGACGCCUUUUGGAGUCAGUGAAGGUACUGAGACCUCAACGUUAAUCAGGGCGCUGGGCGGCACUACUCUUAGUAGUAGUCUACCUGAGUCGUAGUCCCCAGAGUCGUCGUAUCUCUCGUGAACUGUCGCAUAUAUGGUGUAGUUUAUCAUACGCUUAUCGAUGUGAUCGGUAAACGACGACGGUUGAUCGCAUGUGGUUCUGGCCUCACUUUAGGCAGACGCGUAGCGAUUGAAGCGUCUGAUAAGUAUGCAAGUAAGCAUGUCGAUGUGCUUGCCAUCGUAGAAUAACCUCUCAA